CAAGGAUUCAGCUGUUCGGACAUCUAGGGGGAGUUCAUUCCACCAAUUAUGUGCCAGGACAGAGAAGAGCCGAGAUGUGUGUCUUCCUUGUGCCUUGAGGGGAGGUGGGACCAGUCGAGCAGUGAUGGAGGAUCGGAGUGAUCGUGGUGCAGUGCGGGGUGUGAUGAGGUCCUUUAGGUAGGAUGGUGCCAGACAAUUUUUGGUUUUGUAUGCGAGCAUCAGUGUUUUUAAUCUAAUGCGGGCAGCUACAGGAAGCCAGUGGAGGGAGCGCAGCAAAGGAGUGGUGUGGGAGAACUUGGGAAGGUUGAAAACAAGACGAGCAGCUGCAUUCUGAAUCAGUUGGAGGGGACGGAUGGCGCUCAGUGGUAAACCCGCUAGAAGCGAGUUGCAGUAGUCAAGGCGUGAGAUGACGAGGGACUGGACGAGAAUCUGGGUAGCCUGAGUGGAAAGAAAUGGACGUAUCCUCCUGAUGUUAAAGAGGAGAAACCGACAAGAGCGAGAAAGACUGGCGAUAUGUGAGGAAAAAAGCAUUCUAUAGAAAUGCUGUUGUAUUACACAGGUAUAUAAAAGUAUAGACAUUUACUUAAAAUACUUAAAAUGAUAAACUACACCUAUAGAUUUAUAUUAUGCAUUCGAGCUGAAAAUACUAUUUCUGAUAAUAAGAAAAAAAAUCUAUUAAUAAUACACCAACAGAUGUAAGGCCCGAAAUAACAAGAUUUUUAUCAACAUGUAAGAGCUACAAUUGGUUUGGGUUAAGAACUACAAAAUUAGACAAAAGCAGAAUACAGCAAACUUUCAUGACACCACCGCCCGCUCGCCCGCCCCCGGUUUUUUCGCUUUCCGGGUUAGCGAAGUGUGGAGGAAUAGGUCCCAGCAUGACACAGGCAGACUUCGGUGCGACGCAGGCAAGCGCUAAUCUGUUAAAAAGCGUUAUCCGUUUCGUUUCCUUGUGCCCAUUGCUCGUCUCAUGCACGAUUCAGAAGUGAGUUCACUGCAGCCUUGAGCAGCAGUUCAUGCUGUUGAACGUCCUGCGCCCGCCCCGCUGGAUAACAGUGCGGGUCCGCUACAUUUCAGCUGUCACUCAGCGGCGGGGCGGGGUGCGAGCCUGGCCCCUGGGUAUAGAACACAGAGUACUACCAGCGAAGUGCGACCGGAGAGGAGCGACUUCUUCUGAAGAAUACAGCGAUACUAAGGCUGAGCCCACCUGAUCGAGCAGUCAUGGUGACUGUCGCCAUGGAGAGGAGCGGCCGUUUGCCCGUGUCCCUGCAGCAGGUGACCCACAGGCUGGUGACGGUGAUACCCUGCCUGCCAGCCACCCUGAGGGACAGUGAGGUGCCCCACUUCUUCAGAGAGCGCCACGUCCUCACAGGCUACCGGCCAUUGCACCAGGACUGGCGCUACUAUCUCCUGUCCCUCUUCCAACGCCACAACGAGACGGUCAACGUGUGGACACACCUGCUGGGGGCGCUGCUGGUCCUGGUGUGGUUCAGGGAGUUGGCAGAGGUGGUGGACUUUGCUGGCGAUGCCCAUUCCUGGCCUCUUCUCAUCCUCCUCUUGUCCUCUUUCUGCUACAUGAGCUUUAGCGCAGUCGCCCACCUCCUGGCUCCCCGCUCCGAGCUCACUCACUACGCCCUCUUCUUUCUAGACUAUGUGGGCGUGGCCCUUUACCAGUACGGCAGUGCCGCGGUGCACUUCCACUAUGCAGUGCCGGAUGAUUGGCCCCACUGGCUGCUUGGCCCGUUCAUGCCAGUGGCGGCUCUGCUCUGCUGCUUCUCCUGCCUUGGCUGCUGCUUUGGAAAGUACUGCAGUCAUAGCUCUCCAAGCUCCAUACGCAAGCUGGGCCAGGUGCUGCCGUCCGCCUUGGCCUAUGCCUGGGACACCAGUCCAGUGUUCUGGCGCCUGUCGGGUUGCCUACCGGUGUGUGAGCUGGACCCUGCUGCCCUCUUCCACGCCGGGCAGGUGGUCUUCUUCCUGGCCAGCGCCCUCUUCUUCACUCUGCUGCUGCCUGAGCGCUGGCUGGCCGGACGCUGUGACUUCCUGGGACAGGGCCACCAGCUCUUCCACACGCUACUGGUUCUCUGCACCCUGUGCCAGGUGCACGCCUCACACCUGGAUUACCGGGGCCGCCGCAUGGUGUACCUUCGUCUCCAUGGAGAUGGGGAGCCCACCUUUCUCGUCUGCCUGUUUGUGGCUGUGGUGCUCGUUUGCACAUCCAUCGCGAUCGGCAUGACCAACAAGGUGAGCCACUUGCUAAGGAGCAGAGACGGCAAGCAUGAGUAGUGAGGGUGUGACUUGAUUGAGCCCCCUAAGGCCCCAUGAACUUUCACUGGACUUUUAAAACUUUUAGAACUUUAAAAACUUAGAUAAGCACUAGGUAUACUGAACACCUCUGAGUCCAAAGAGCACUGUCUCUCAGUGUAAAAAAACCUUCAGUGAAAGCUCUUUCCUGUAGGUGUGUUUAUCCUCUGUUAGCUUGAAUCAAUCUGUAUGAGCAGAUGGGCUGCUUGAGUGUCUUGUGUCAUGCCAUGUAGAUCAUUAUUUGAUGUAGAAGCUCAGGUGCUUGCUGUAGAAUGUCGAGAUCGCAUGAGGUUCCACUGGACAACACUGAGCUUGAAUCAGCAAAACAUAAUGUUUUUAGAAGCCUACAUCAUCUGAGUAAAAUCUGUGGGGGCUGAACACUCAUUGAGCCUGGAUGCGCCACUAGUCAGCUGAAUGUAAACAACCACAUCCUGUGAUAACAUCACUCAACUUUAACCACUUCUUCCCCAGGAUGCAUUUAAUCAGCCAUUUUGCUUUUCACAGACGCUGUCCUUUAAUGCAUCUGUUUACCCAGCAGCAUCUGUUAAAAAGGGGUUUGUAAAAAGCCCCCUAAUUGACAACUUUUACCAUUUCCAAGCCCCCUUCCCAUAGUAGGGGGGCCUCUGUCCCUGUUCAUGUGCCUCUUCCUCCUAGGCACCGUUAUCUAUUGUUCAUAAAGUUCAUCUCACACACUGACAUUGACCAAAAGCUGAUGCCAUUUUUGGAUGGUGCAAGAGUGAUAAACAAAUAUUGUGUGAACUCUCUGACUAUUUCUUAUCAAGGGAGAGUUGAGCUGUCUACCUCUAUUCAACCUUUGCUGUGUGCUCAACUGGACUGGUAAUAGAGGCUUUGACAAUGAUCUUCCAAUCUCUUUGUUCAGUACGGCAUUAAAUUGUGGUCUCUAAACAUUGCGUCUCCCUAAUGGGUUUCUUAUUGGACAUUUAUUUAUUGAAUGGAUCUUUUAUUCCGAGCCCGGCAGCAGUCACACAGAGGAGGAGAACUAGGCACAAAGUCUUAAAAUUGUUUAUCAGUGUUUUUUAAGACCAUAACUUUUUCUGUAUAAAUCAGAGCUAUAUAAUAUGCUUUAUCCUGGGAAUUGUAAUGUAAAGAUUUUCUUCCAGUGUUUAUAUUGUCAUGCUUUUAAAACAUUUAUAUGGAGUUUUCCAUCCUUAAUACAGAAACAUACAAAAUUAACAUAAACAAUAGGCAAACAGGAACACCCAGGCCUCUCCCAGCCUUGUGCUACAUCAAUGGUCCAAUCACUCUUAUUGUAUUUAUAUGUUCCUGUGUAUAAACCAAGAAGAAAAAGUUUAAGAUGCAGUGGAAUUGGUUUAGAUCUUAUUUUUCCCAUCACAGUUUGUACAUCCUCCCAAAAUUUUGAAUUUUUUCUGAACUCCCUUUCACUUCAGUACAUGCAAGACAAACAUCUACAAUAAUUUUAUUAAGUCUGUUAAAUUUCUCUGGUAUGACCUAUGUUUGCAUUAGCCAAUUGUAUGGCAGUAAUUUAAGAUUUGCAUAUAUUGUUUGUUUAUUUACCUUAGCACAGGCUAUUUUCCGCUGUAAUUUCAGACUUUAAAUCUUCUCUCUAUACCACCAGUUUAUACUUUGAAUUUUCCAUUGAUUGAAAUAUUAAUAAAUUAUAAUGGUCUUUUCCUUA